AUUCAUUCCAAUUCUACUCGUUUUCUUCUCAUGUUUGGUUGUAUUUCGUGUUGCAAAAUUAAUAUUUUUUAAUUGCCGAAACGAAUAAAAUUGAAUUUGAACCAAGGAACACCAAUUGACUAACUUUUUUGAACUAAUGUAUAAAAAGUAAACGCCUUUAAUUCAGAGCACAGCGGUAAAAAUUAAGGCUUUACGCGCAUUAAUCAUGCCUUUAACUAAACGUAAAAACUCGCCGGAAAAAGAAGAAUUAAUUGAGAAUGGUGACACCAUGGCAGAAAGUGGACCGAGUAACAUCAAAGGUGAUGAAGUGAAUAUAGCGGUUUUACUAUUUUUAUAUACUCUACAAGGCAUACCCUUGGGACUAGCCGCGGCAGUCCCUAUGCUGCUUCAAAAUCGCGGCAUAACAUACACACAGCAGGCUGAGUUCAGUUUAGUGUACUGGCCAUUCAGCAUAAAGUUACUGUGGGCACCUAUAGUAGAUGCUCUAUUCUGGCCCAAAUUUGGGCGGCGCAAAACAUGGCUAGUCCCCGUGCAGUACCUAAUAGGAGUUGUUAUGAUGAUCAUGUCCAGCAACGUAACGGAGUGGCUCGGCUCCAAAAGCCAAGCACCAUCAAUGACACUCCUCACUGCUUCAUUCAUGUUUUUGAACUUCUUGGCUGCCACUCAAGAUAUUGCUGUUGAUGGUUGGGCUCUUACGAUGUUAAAAAGAUGUAAUGUUGGUCAUGCCUCAACAUGCAACACUGUAGGUCAGACAGCUGGCUAUUUCCUUGGCUACGUAUUAUUCUUGGCCCUAGAAUCUCCCUAUUUCUGCAACAAAUACCUACGUUCAACUCCUGAAGAGACUGGCAUUGUCACUCUUGCUAGUUUCCUAUUUUUCUGGGGAUGGAUAUUCUUUAUUACUACUACAUUUAUCGCUGUUUUUAAACAUGAGGCCAAUGAUGCACCUAACAACAGAGAAAGCCAAGUUAAAGGAAUGAGUGACAUUGUGACUGCAUAUAAACAAUUGUAUACAAUCGUAAAACUGCCAGCUGUACAAACUUUGGCAUUGGUGCUAUUUACUGCGAAGCUAGGAUUCUGUGCAAGUGAUGCAGUAUCAGGACUUAAAUUAGUUGAGGCAGGAGUGCCUCGAGAAGAUUUGGCAUUACUUGCUGUACCAUUAGUGCCAGUUCAAAUCAUCAUGCCAGUGGUCCUAGCAAAACACACAACAGGACCCGCGCCACUACACUUGUGGUUACGAGCGUUCCCACUGCGGCUGUUAGUCGGCCCACUAGUGGCACUUCUGGUGGCGCUCACUCCCAGUCUUCUUGGAGACUCGGGCCCUUCCUACUCAUACCUGUUCGUUCUGAUGGCGCUAUACGUGUUUCAUCAGACAUGUCUCUACUGCAUGUUCGUGGCAGUAAUGGCAUUCUACGCGAAAGUGUCAGACCCGACAGUGGGCGGGACUUACAUGACGCUGCUCAACACGGUGUCGAACCUGGGAACCAACUGGCCCAACACCCUGGCGCUGUGGGCCAUCGACCAUCUCACCUUCAAGACUUGCACUGCGCCGGAGUUGAGCGAUAACACGUGCGCUACAGAGUUGGAGACUGAUGUAUGCACAAGCGGCGGCGGUAAAUGCAAAAUCCGCAUCGACGGGUUUUACAUAGAGACGGUGCUUUGCCUAGUGGUAGGCUUUCUCUGGCUGCAAUGGGGCCGGCCCACCAUAAACCGGCUCCAACGGCUGCCCCCCUCCGCCUGGCAAAUCGGCCGCACCCACAGAUAAGACUGACCCACUUACCUUUACCAUUCCAAUUUGUUUUUGUUCUAGGAUAAAGUUAAAUUGCCUCUGGACAGUGUAACUUCGAACCGAUGGUCAAAGAGUUCAAGAAAAUGAACUACUUUAGAAGCUUAAAACCAGGCAAUAAAGUUUAAAGUACGAUGUAAUUGAUAAUUAUUUUUAGCAAAGGGUAAAAAUGCUAUUGCCACGGCCGUGACGUCACCACCCGCAAUCUUUACUUGAGUAACUGCUAAAGUACCAAGAGGUUUUAUACUGUGACGCUAAAAUUUUGUAGCCUAGCGAAAUUUCACUUUGGACAUUGUUACAUUGGAGAUCGCAGUUUAAAAGAUUGAUGUUUUUCAGAGAGCGCUGCUGCCCAUUCUCUGUUUGAUGUGUAGUCCCUAAGUCGCCUCUUACGACACCCGCGGGAAGAGUAGGGGUUGGUGACAAAUGUAUUCUACUCUGCCGUCACCACACGGCUUUUAAACUGCGAUCUCCAACCCGCCUGCCUAGCGUGGAGAUUAUGGCAAAACCCUCCACUAUAGUGGAGGAGGCUCAUAGUCCAACAGUGGACUGUAAAGAGCUGUUGAUGAUGAUGAUGAUGAUUGUUACAUUGUCUACAGGCACUGGGCAAUACGUUUUGUAUGCUCACUGACAGUUCGCAAAGGUCCCAAUAUUCAAAAAUAUGGACGCUUAAACCUUCAUAAUUUUGAUAGUCGGAUCGUUACACGGUGUUAAUGAAACUGAGACGCGUGCUAAUAAAAACACGAGUAAUAAUCUUGACACCGCAUCUGUUUUUCUCCUGUUUCAUACAUUGAGCUGUUGUUUCAUACUAACACAAAAAUGCAAUUUUAAAUACAAAAAAAAAUAAACACUGAAAUACCUCAUUCAUCGCGCUAUAAUUACGCGAUAGACGGGCCCAAUUACCUUUACCAGUACAGUACUACACCGUUAAGCUUUAAUUUAGAAUUUUGUGAAACUUGGAUAAACUGUAAACGCUUUGCGGAGAUUGGCACCUCACGCUUGCCUGUAAAGCAGUGUUAUCACUGCCGCGUGUCUCUAGUUUUUGUUGUAAUCCAGUGUGGUAGGCCUAAUUAUGUAUUUCAAAUUUUAAAGCAAAUAAAUAGCCUUGUCAUUUUCAUCUUGACAGGGUAUUUUAUCAGCAUUGAUUGUCUUGAUAUUUUUACAAUAUGUAAUUGUAUGUAUAGUAUUAUCUACACAAAUAUUUUAAAGAGGUAAAGUUUGUCAGUUUGGAUGUGCGUUACAGACUUUCUAUGAUAAAUGCAUGCGAAAGAUUUAGAUAGAAAUAAAGUUCCGAAGGUUCUGGAAUUGGCGACAGAAGCAGUAGUAGAGUUAGUAGUGUAUCAUUCGAUGAUAACUACGGUAGUACGACUUCCCAGUCAGACUUAUGAAUACAGGUUGUGUAGUCGCGGUUUGUAAACAAUAAUGGUAGUGUAAUUGCCAUCUCCACUUUACCUAUACUUACUAAUACUAGUUUUCUUACCGGCUAGAAUGUUAGAAAAGGCCAAUAGAUAUAAGUGUGUCAUUGUGAUAAUUUAUUAACAGUCUAUUAAGGAAAUAAUAAUGUAAUUUAUAUAGUUUCAAUUGUUUAUAUUUGUUAUAUCAAGUUCAAGUUAUGGAGCAUUAUUGUUUCAUAAAAUAAUUUAAAGGUCGGGGUAUAAAUAAAAGAGAUAGCAAUAAUUUACUCAUUAUACUUUAUGUACACAUCAACACUUACUGUAUGUAUAAUAGUUUUAUAACAAUGCUAUAAUCCGGUUACUAUUAACAAUUUGGUAAUCAUCACACAAUAAAUGUCAUCGGAUAAUGCGACAUCAACAAGUUUGCAAUUAACUAAACAGAAGCAGUAAAUCUAAAACGAUUUGUUAACAGCAGUAUAGACUACAUACAGUAAACACAAACAAUGCUGCCUGCAGCUCAACUUGGAAGAAAUAACAGUACUAUGAUAAUGUAAACGAUAAGUGAUCAAGAUUGGAAGUUUUUACAUUUUUAAUAAAGUAUACAAAACAUCUCAAAAAAAUUCAAAAUAUCUUUUAACUCAUAUUUUACAGACUUCAUUUAAAUAAAAAAAAUAUACGACAUCUUUUUAUAAAGAAAUUAUUGAUUUUAGGUCAUUAUCGUUUACUCUAACAUAAACAUGUAUUUGAAUGUUAAUUUCACAAGUAUUUGUGCACAAAUGUUGUCCGUUUGAAAUCUUAAAAUUGUGCUGUCGACUACAAAUAUUUUUGUAAUUAGUGUGUUAGUGUUGAUACUUUAUUCUUAGGCUCUAUACGAAUACAUGACGGACACACAAGUUUAUCGUUUGAAAAAAAAACUGUAUAAUUUUCUGUAUAAAAACAUGUAUGUUUUACCGAAAACGAUGGAUUGAAAUUUUAUUUUGUUCUUCCUACCAAAUUAAUUGACAUUUCAAACAGAAAUAAAAGUUUUGUUGAAAAUAAAUAUAUAUUUUCUAAAACGAG